CACAGAUUCACUUCACUACGAACUGCUUGACUGACAGUCAAAACGCCAUUUUGCUAUUAUUACAGAAGGUUGCAUUAUCUGUUCGUCAACAAUGUAAAGUGAAAUGUUUGCUCGAAUUUUAUAGUGAAUGUAAUGUGAAGUUAAGAUUUAACCCUUGAAAUAAAAACUAGGGUUAUGGAGGAGUCCAACGAGGAGCACAGGGUCAUUCCCGAACUCUACUUUCUGAUAGCGAAAUUCCUGUCGGGCGGACCCCUGAAGGAGACUGCAAAGACUCUGCUAAAAGAGCUCGAGAGUAUAGAGGUGCUGCCCCGGCGACUCGACUGGGAGGGACGCGAGCACGCCCAGUCUUACGAUGAACUGGCGGCGCAGCACGCGGACGUGGGGUGGCGGCGGCUGGCGGGCGUGUGCGCGCGGGCGCUGGCGCUGGCGCAGCGCGCGCCCGACGAGCUGCCGGAGCGGCUGGCGGCGCGGCUGUCGCUGCUGUCCGAGUCGCUGGUGCGGCCGCGCCCGCUCUACGCCUCGCACAAGCCCGACCACUCGCUGGUGCGGCGGCUGGUGGCGCGCGAGCUGGGCGCGGGCGCGGCGGCGCGGGCCGGCGGCCGCGGCGGCCCGGCGCUGUUCCCCGCGCGCAUGCUGGCCGGCCUGCAGCUGCAGCGCCGCACGCUGGGCCACCUGUCGGCCGUGUACUGCGUGGUGUUCGACUGCUCGGGCCGCUACGUGAUGACGGGCGCGGACGACAUGCUGGUGAAGGUGUGGAGCGCGGCGGACGGGCGCCUGCUGGCCACGCUGCGCGGCGUGGGCGCGGAGGUGACGGACGUGUGCGUGUCGGCGGACGGCGCGCUGCUGGCGGCGGGCUCGGUGGACCGGCUGGUGCGCGUGUGGUGCCUGGCGUCGGGCGAGCCCCGCGCCGUGCUGGCGGCGCACGCGGGCACCAUCACGUCGGUGCACUGGGCGCCGCCCGCGCGCCGCGACGUGCGCUGGCUGGCCAGCACCAGCACCGACUGCUCCGUGGCCUUCUGGACGUGCUCGCCCGAGGGCCACUUCCUGUCGCAGCCGGUGCAGUACGUGGAGCGCAUGCGGCCCGGCGUGUGCCACAUGAUCUGCGCCGCGUGGUCGGCGGGCGGCGCCUUCCUGGCGGCCGGCAGCGCCGACCACCACGUGCGCAUCUACACGGUGGAGCACGAGCCGGGCGGGCCCAAGCGCGUGCUGGAGACGCCGGUGCACGACGACGCCGUGGACAGUAUCGCGUGGGCGCACCGCGGCCUGCGCUUCGUGUCGGGCAGCAAGGACGGCAGCGCGGCGCUGUGGACGCUGCACGCCACCCAGUGGCGCCACGUGCUGCUGCAGCCCAAGUCCACCACGCAGGACGGCAAGCGCCUCAAGAUGACCAUGGUGUGCUGGGACUGCAGCGACGCGUUCGUACUCACCGCCGCGUCGGACAACACGAUCCGCGUGUGGUGCGCGCGGACGGGCGCGGCGGUGCGGAUCCUCCGCGCGCACCGCGACGAGGCCUACGUGCUGGAGGCGCACCCCUUCCUGGCGGGCGUGUUCCUGUCGGCCGGACACGACGGACAGCUGCUGGUGUGGGACGCGCGGGCGCCCGAGCCGCUCGCCGCCUUCCACAACCGCAUCGACGGCCACGGCGACGGCGCCAUCUUCGACGCCAAGUGGGGCGGCGGCGCCAGCGUGGCGGCCACCGACUCGCACGGGCACCUGCUGCUGCUGGGGCUGGGGCGCGGACACCGGCUGUUCGCGCAGCUGCCGCCGGAGCUGUUCUUCCACACGGACUACCGGCCGGUGGUGGUGGACGCGCUGGGCGGCGCGCACGACGAGCAGACGGACACGCCGCCGCACCUGCUGCCGCCGCCCUUCCUCGUGGACGUGGAGGGCGCCCCGCACGCGCCCGAGUACCAGCGCCUCGUGCCGGGCCGCGAGAACCUGGCGCUGGCGCAGCUGAUCCCUGCGGCUGAAGCACCUCGCUCGCGCAUAGACGCGAUGAUCGAGGCGCUAGCUGUCGCCGGCGGGCGGUCGCCGCGCGGCGUGUGGCGCGGGGAGGGCGUGCGCUACACGGCGGGCAGCUGGCAGCGCGGCGACCCGCGCGACGUGCCCACCUGCACGCGCCCGCUCGUGCCGCCGCUCGCGCCCGCAGCGUACGAACACAUACACAAAGCAUGCGCGGAACUGAACGCUCUCGAGCAGAGCUGGUACCGGCGCGAGAUGCGGCGGCGACCACUCAUGAUCAGCACGGCGGCGGAGGGCUGUGGGGGCCCGCGGCGGCGCGCGGGGCGGCGGCGGGCCCCCGCGCGGGCCCCCGAGCGCCGCCCGCGCCCCGAGGAGCCGCCCGAGCCGCCCUCCGCCUCCUGCAGCGACACCAGCGACGAGUGGGUGCAGCGCCGCCCGCGCCGAGCCAGGGAACCCGCCUCCUCGCUCGACCUCACCGACACCGACACCAGCUCGCAUAACUCGCAUAACUCGCAUAACUCCGCCAGUAAGAGCGACAGUUCGUCGUCGUCGUCGCAGUACUCGGACUGGCAGGCGGGCGCGGAGCUGGCGCCGCCCGCGCGGGCUCGGCGCCGACCGCUGCCCACCAACCGUCCAAGCGCGGUGACUACGAAGCGAGCGGAGCGGGCUGCAGCGGGGGCUGGUACGGGGGCGGAGGCGUUGGCUGCCGGCGACGAGGCGGGGGCUGCGGGCGGCGGCGCGGGGGCCGAGCUGCCGGACGCGUACCGGCCGGGCGAGUGGAUCACGGCCGUGUCGCCGCGGAAGGCGCCCUACCACCCGCAGAUGGGCGACGAGUGCCUCUACUUCCGACUGGGACAUCAGCGCUACUUCGAGGCGGUGGCGGAGAAGGACGUGUACAAGGUGACCGCGCGCGACAAGCCCUGGGAGCGCACGCACGUCUACGAGUGCGAGCUGGUGCGCGUGGUGGGCAUCAAGUACGUGAUCAAGCCGCCGCGCGUGGCGUGUCUGCGCCUGUCCUGCGCGCUGGGCACCGGGCGGACGCUGACGGUGCGCUACCACGACAUGGCGGACGUGAUCGACUUCCUGGUGCUGCGCCAGCAGUACGACGCGGCGGUGGCGCGGCGCUGGGGGCCCGGCGACCGCUUCCGCUGCAUGAUCGACGACUGCUGGUGGACGGGGCAGGUGCUGGAGAGCGCGGCGGGCGCGGGCGCCGACACGGGCGCGGCGGCGGGGCUGGCGGGCGAGGCGGCGGCGCGCUGGGCGGCGGCGGCGGCGGCGCAGUUCCUGUCGCUGCGCGUGCGCUGGGACAACGCCGAGGUGGAGCGCCUGUCGCCCUGGGACCUGGAGCCCGUGGACCCCGCCCGCCUGCCCGCCACGCCCGGCGGCGCCGUGCCCGUGCUGCCGCACGAGCUGGACGCCGUGCUGUACCGCGCCGAGCCCGCCGAGUGGCCGCCGCACGGGGACCGCGCCGCCGCGUGUAGAGCUAUCGCGCAGCACAUCGGCGCGGUGAUGUCGCUGGCGGCGGCGGAGGCGUUCGUGGCGCCGGUGGACCUGCAGCAGUACCCCGCGUACGCGCGCGUCGUGCCCUACCCGGUGGACCUGGCCACUAUCCGCGCGCGGUGCGACAACUUGUUCUACCGGCGAGCCGCCGCAGCACAGUUCGACGUGCGGUACCUGGCGAGCAACGCGGAGCAGUUCAACGAGGCGCACUCGAGCAUCGUGCGGGCGGCGCGGCUGGUGUCGGAGCUGCUGCUGCGCUGCAUCGCGGACUGGCGCCAGCUGGACGUGCUGGCCACCUACCGCGCGCUGCAGGCGCAGUACACCAGCGACGACGACACCGACACCGCCUGGAGACCGCAAGCUGCCAGGGUGCUGGCCGAGCUGCUGGCGUCAGCGGACGCGGAGCCGUUCCGCUCGCCGGUACAAGCCCGCGAGGCGCCCGACUACUGGCGCGUGGUGGCGCGCCCGCUGGACCUCGGCACCGUGCGGGCUAGUCUCAUGGCAGGGGAGUAUGCUACUGCUGAGCACUUCGCCAGCGAUGUGAGGCGGGUGUUCGCUAACAGCAGGCUCUACAAUACUAAUAAGAGGAGUCGGAUCUACUCGAUGACGGUCCGCCUGUCCGCGCUGUUCGAGGCGCUGUGGGCGCGCGUGUCGCCGCCCGCGCCCAGGCGGACGCGCCGGCACAAGCGACAACAGAUCAAUGGUACUGCAACAAACGGCGUAUCCCGUUCAGCAUCAGCCUCAGAGUCCAACAGCUCGGAGUCCGAGACCCUCGCUGCCACAUCGCGCCGCGUGCACGCGCGCCUCGCCGCCGACACGCCGCCCCGCGCGGCGCGAUCCGCGCGGUCGACACGCUCCGCACGGUCGGCGCGGUCCGCGCGGACAGUGCGCGCGGAGAGAACGCGGGCGCCUAGAGACUCGUGGGACAGUGAUGCUCCAUUGCAUGUGCAUAGGAAAGGUAAGGGCGUGGGCAAGAAGAGUAAGAGCAGCAGCGCCAGCGCCGAGCCGCUGCCCUCCACCAGCCGCGAGCCCGACGCAGAGGUGGAGGGUAACGGCGCGUCGUCGUGGUCGUCCUCGUCGUCGGAGUCGCACAUCCGCGUGGUGGAGGAGGAGCUGCGCGACGACGAGGUGGAGCUCACGUACGACAGCGACCGGCCCGCAGCCCGCCGCAAGCGAGCCCGCCCGCACUCCGACUCCUCCGCACAGGCGCCCAAGCGCAACCGCGAGCGCUACUCCUCCAGCGAGUCCUCCAGCGAGCCGGAGUCGGAGUCAGCGGGCAGCGCGCGGCGCUACUCCUCCGACCGGUCGUACCGGCCGCGCUACUCCAGCGACGAGGACGCGCCGCUGCAGCAGUACCGCGCCCGCGCCGCCGGCAGCCUGCGCGCGCGGGGGCUGCGCCGCUACAACGAGGACAGCGAGGAGGACUCCGUGGCCGCCAUCAGCAAGCGCCUGCAGCACCAUCACCACGCUCGUACUCAUCACGCGCACGUCGCCAGGCGACGCCGGCAUCACGCCGAGCAGAGCCUGGCGGCGGAGGGCGGCGCGCACACGAGCGACCACAACUACUACAACGGACACGCGCAUGCGCCCCGCCAUCACCCCAGGGAACACCACAGGAACGGCAGCGCGGCGGACGCGGCCGGCCCCGGCCCCGCGCCCGGCGGGUCGGGCACGGCCGGAGUGUCGGGCACGUCAGGCACGGCGGGCGAGGCGGGUGCUGUGUCCAUCUCGUCACGAGGCCGAGUGCGCAAGCUGACUGCCAAAGCACGUGGGCUGUUAAGGGAAUGAGCCCGGCGAGGGCGGCGCCAACCUCCCGCCAACUAGCGCAACUGUGCCACGCCCGUACAGUGACCAAUGUGACGCGUAGUGAACUAAUACUGAACAAGUGCAGUGCGGUACACUAACAGUGACGAAAUAUGCAACUCGUGAUAUUAUACAUAGUGUUCUAAACGUGUGAUGUUAUCAACGAAACAUAAUAAAAAAAGCGAAUUUAAUAACUAUGCGGACAAAACUGUGGUAGUCAUAAGUGUACAAAUUCGUGUAAACCGCAAGUUAAUACUGAUCAAUCACUUAUUGAAGUAAUUUGUAGGUUUAAACAAACAAUUUGAAAUGAACGCUCAAUAUUUAAUAAUAGACAUGUGUAGGAAGUCAAUAGUGUUGUAAAUACGUUGAUGACUGAUACUCCAGUGCUGCACAUACGAGUGUGAUAUAUCGAUAGACUAGUGCGGCGCGUCCCACUUGUGAUAUUAGCGUAUCGAGUGUAGCUGUGUGCACGCCGCCUAAUCCUUACUGUAAUAAACUGUAUACUGGGCAAACUGUAGUCUUGGCUUUGAGCUGAAACUACAGUCUAUAGAGAAUGUAGGGGACACUGUACCUGAGUUCAUUCUCAAUCGUGAUUUAGCGAUUAUAAUUUGAUAGAAUGUGCCAUCAUUAACCAUUUCUUACAUUGAUCAUGAGUCUAAUGUUAUAGUAUGCUGUGCAACAUACAAAUCGUGUAUGGUUGACAAUAAAAUGUAUGUAUGUUACUCGUAAAUGACUAUAGUUUUGGCUCAAAGACUUAAAAUCAGGUAAAACGAGCGUAGUAUGACACUCACGCAGAUUACAUAAAUACCGUAUUAAGCUGUAACCAGCUGUUCCAAGAGCAAUCUCAAGUCUUGCAAGUGUGCUACAACUAAGAUCAAGUUAGAUAAGCAAUGUGAAAUAAUUUGUACAUAUAGCAAUAGGGCCGUACUUAACGCACAGGUGUAGGUAGGUGCAGAACUAAUUUGGUACAGGGCGCUUGGAUAAUACAGCUGUAUCUAGUUACACUAGAAAUUGAUAAUUUUCCUUCUAUCAUGAAAUUUUGGCUUGUUAAUGGUACCUGCCAGGUUUUUAGCACAUGCCUAGCAAUCUGUUUUUGGUUGAUUGCCUCUGAAAGCAACUCUGGCAUAGUAGUGUUCUGACUUAAAUAACUUGUAGCUAACUUUAGAGCUGCAAAGUUAUUUGACAAUUCCAAGUGUAUGUCUAACAUUUCUCGAUACUAUUUUUAUAAGUUAAGUUACUAUUCGAGGAAAUGAAACUGUUCAAGUGCUCUGUACUGAACAUCAAGUGUUCAGUUAAUAACUAGUUUUAAGUUUAGCUGAAUUUAAUAUGAACAGUGUAUGUGUGAACUGGCAUACAUGCAAUCUGUCCUGUUGUGUAUAUCUGAUAUAAACUGUACAUAUAUCAUGUAUGUAUGUAGUGUGUGUCUCUUCACAAUACCUAGGGUAAGGGUGACUGAGCAUCAAUAAUUCGGUCCAAAAUAAUGCAUAUAAUAUAAUUUAAUCAAUGAUUAAGGGUGUAUGAGAUUUCCAAGUUAGUUUUCUGUGUAAUUCACUCCAAGCAAUUCAGUGUGUAGUGGAAUGUACAGUUUGAUGCACUCAUUCAACAAGUUGCCAACGCGUCUUCGACAUGUCGUCAACACGUGGUACGAUCACGUGCUACUCAUACUAGUUAUGCAUGCAUUGCUUAUUAAAUGUUUACAAGUUUCUUUAUGUUAUUGCAAUAAUAAUUUAUGGAAUAUUAUUGUCUUUCUACAUAAAGAACCAAAAUAUUGUUUAAACUAUGCAAUUGAAAUAAUGAUAAUUGAUGGAUACCAAAAUAAUUUGAUUAUUAUCAUGAUGCCAUCCUUUAUAACAUGUAAUGAUGUAUUUCCAAUAUAAGUUACUAUGAGAUAUCAACGAAGCUACGGCCAGUAGUAUGUACAUACCUCCUUAUACAUAUAUGUAUGACUUGAAUCCACUUACUGAGUGCAGAAACAUUACAUUAAUUUGAGCAGAACAGGAAUAAUAUGUGUCUUAAAAUGUUGUAAUGCUUCAGUGUUCAGAGCAAUAAUCAUGUAUCUACCUUCAUGAGCUUCAUAUGUGUAUUCUUGCUAAAUAUUGUUUACUUCAUAUUCAAUGCUCACAAGAUUUUAUUUUAUGAACUCAAUUUUAUUAAUGCCAAUAUUUUUGUAAAAUGUUACAAGUCUAUUAUAAUAAUUAUUUAAUUAUCUCAUUCAGCGGUUUCACAAUAGCGGUUUAUCCGCUCAUUACGUGGUAACGCAUGAACCAAACCGAGCGGUAAAUUCGCUAGUGUGAGACAGUUUUAUUGUAUGUGUGACGUCAGAACAAAUACAUAAAUAUACGCACAAUAUUGUGUGGCCGACUUUAUCGUAGUUUUGAAAUAAUGGCAACACUCCUCUCGGUUCACCUGAGAGGUGACAGACCGGCCAAAGUUGAGUCGUUGCAUGUGACUCCGGCGGAGUAGAGGCCUCCAUAAUACUUAACGUUGAUAUGAUCACUGUAUGUGUAAUAGUAUAAAUAUGUAGUGAAUUCUAGCGACAAUUUUGUAACUUAAUAAUAAUUUAGGGACAAUGGAAACAUGUGUUUUGUACCGACAGUAUGUUCGAGUGGUAUGUUAGAGUAAGUGAAUACAGUAAGCGAUGUGUACAUUGUACGUAUGUAUAUACGAGCGUGAGUGUGUGCGUGCCGCGCCACACGUAUUGUGUAUGUGUGCGCAGACACGCCGAGUUGAUACCAAACCGAAUAAAAUGAAUAUUUUUAAAAUAUA